UUUCAUUUAUUUUUUUAAUUAUUUUUAUUUAUUUUAUUGUCAGCAAUUCCACUCAAACAAACUAAACCCCCCUUCCCCUGUUUCUCUUCUCCACCUCUCACUCCUCUUCUUCUCCAUCUCCCCUGCAAACUCUUCUUCUUCUUCUUCUUCUUCUUCUUCUUCUUCAAGUAAAGAAGACUUUGAAGAGAGUUUUACUCAGUCAGAGACAUACAUACACAAGAAGACAGAGAUAUGGGCCCUGUGCCUCACCUUUAGAAAGAGAGACAGAGAGAGACAGAGAGAGUUGAGAGCUAAAGAUAUAUACUGAGGAGGGGAAACAAAGAGAGAGAGAGAGAGAGAAGGAGAUGGUGGGCUCAGGAGCAGGAGGAGGAGCAGGAGGAGGUGAUACAGGGACAAGGAGCAAGGAGGCAGUGGGGAUGAUGGCCCUCCAUGAAGCACUACGCAACGUUUGCCUUAACUCGGACUGGACUUACUCUGUUUUCUGGACUAUAAGACCACGCCCAAGGUGUAGAGGUGGAAAUGGAUGCAAGGUGGGAGAUGAUAAUGGCAGCUUGAUGUUGAUGUGGGAGGAUGGGUUUUGCCGGACAAGGGUGGCAGAGUGCUUGGAAGACAUUGAUGGUGAGGAUCCAGUGCGCAAAGCUUUCAGCAAGAUGUCCAUUCAACUCUACAAUUAUGGAGAAGGGUUGAUGGGAAAGGUGGCCUCUGAUAAGUGUCACAAAUGGGUUUUCAAAGAACCUUCUGAAUGCGAGCCCAACAUUUCUAACUACUGGCAGAGCUCCUUUGAUGCUCUUCCUUCUGAAUGGACUGACCAAUUUGCUUCUGGAAUACAGACUAUAGCUGUGAUUCAAGCUGGACAUGGACUUCUGCAGCUUGGCUCUUGCAAGAUUAUACCUGAAGACCUGCACUUUGUGCUGAGAAUGAGACACAUGUUUGAGUCACUGGGUUAUCAAUCAGGCUUCUAUCUUUCCCAGCUCUUCUCCUCCACUAGAAACACUUCUCCAUCAUCAUCCACAACUCCAUUGAAGCAAAUGCCUACACGUCCUCCUCCUCCUCCAAUCUUCAACUGGAGCCAUGCACCACUCCCUGCAACCAUGCCACUCACCAUGCCCAACUUUCCAAGAAUGGCACCACCCAACAACAAAGAGGACACUCAUCUCUUCCUUCUUCCCCACUCCUCUGAAGCUCCAAUGGAGGACAUGAUCCCUGACCAUGAUGCAGACCUUAAAUGGCCUAACGGCCUGUCCUUCUUCACUGCACUCACUGGCAGACCAGAUGAUGCCAAACUUUUGUUUGGCUCUGAAGGUUUAGGAAACAAGUCAGCACCACAACAGAGCCAAGAAGCUGAAGACUACCUGAGCCUGGAGAGCAAUUCCAACAAAGCUCGGAAGAUGGAAAACACCAGCAAGUUCAAGAGGAGCUUCACUUUACCUGCCAGAAUGACUUCUUCUUCAGCCUCUUCUUCUUCUUUAGAUCAUCACCAUCACCAUCACCAUCAGCAGCAUCAGCAACAACAACAACAACAACACCAAGCUUCAACACCUCAUGCCAUGGAAUACAGAGGUUCCGAGGCUGGCAUCUACUCUGAUAUAAUGGAAACCUUCUUAGAUUGAUUUCAAGCUUUUGUUCUUUCUAGUCCUACAAUCAAAAUCCUGUUUCUUGUUCAUGAGUAAAUGCAACGAGAUGCGUGCUUGCUUGCUUGCAUGCAUGCAUGCAUGCAUGGAGUUGCAUUCUGUUAAAUAAACCCUGUUUGUG